CUUGUAAGUGUAGGUGCCUAGGUAGAGCAACAUCAGUCAGGGGUUCACCACAGCAACGCCAACCUCUAACAAUCCUCGUCGGGUCCGAUCGCUCGCUUCACUCCCUAUAUAUCUUCGACGUUCUCAUGGCUUCAGCUACUCUUGACGACACAAACGUAAACGGGCACACCGAGACCAAGCAGGGGGCAAUUACCGUCUUCUCGGGAGGUACCGCGGCAAAUAGCCUCGUGGAUGUUUUCAACAAAAUCGUGCAGAGGCGGGGAUGCCGCCUGAACUACGUCAUUCCCAUUAGCGACAACGGCGGCAGCUCGUCGGAGCUGAUCAGGUUUGUCGGAGGGCCGAGCGUGGGCGAUAUCCGGAGCCGUCUGGUCCGGCUCAUUCCCAAUCAUGAGGGAGACAAGGAGAUGUCGGCGCUCAAGCUGCUCUUCGAGCAUCGGCUCGACUCGGAUCCCCUGAAAGCCCGAGCAGAGUGGCUGGACAUCGUCGAGUCGCGCUCCCUGUUAUGGGGCUUCAUCUCGAGCCCCAAAAGGGAGCUCAUCCGCUCCGUCCUCAACACUCUGAACUUGGAGGUCGUCAAGAGGGCCCGGCCACCAAACGUGUUCAAUUUUGCCGGUGCCAGCAUUGGCAACAUGUUCCUUACUGGUGCCCGCAUCUUCUCGGGCUCCUUCGAGUCCGCCAUCUACCUCCUGUCCAUGAUCUGCUCCAUCCCGCCCUCCGUCUCCGUGCUCCCCGCUAUCAACUCCAACUUCACCCACCACAUCUCGGCCGGCCUUACCGACGGCAGCACCAUCGCAGGCCAAGUUGCCAUCAGCCACCCGUCCUACCCGACCGCGCUCCCAGACGACACCGAGAUCGCGCCAGCCCUGACGGCCGCCGACCACGACCGCAUCGAAGACGCCAACCUCCCGGGCUCGUUGCCCGCCCUGCGCCGGCCCAACAUCGCCUUCAGCAAGCACGACGAGGAGGACCUGCCCGCGCGCAUCGAGCGCCUCUGGUACAUCAACCCGUACGGCCACGAGAUCGCGCCGACGGCCAACCCCAAGGUGGUCGAGGCGCUCGGCGGCUCGCGCACCGUCAUCUACAGCAUCGGGAGCCUGUACACGAGCAUCAUCCCGAGCCUGGUGCUGCGCAAGGUCGGCCAGGCCAUCGGCGAGGGCGCCGCCGCGGGUCGCAUACGCCACCGCGUCCUGAUCCUUAACAGCAGGAUCGACAGGGAGACGGGGCCCCGGGCGAAUCCCAUGACGGCUAGGGACUUUGUCGCCGCGAUUGCGCGGGCUUGCGUGGAGAGCACCGCGCCGGCGGAGGUCGGGAGGGAGGAGCUGCUCAGGAGGUACGUGAGUCACUUGGUUUAUUUGGACGGCGCUGCGGGAGGGCCGGCGGUGGAUGUGGACGAGCUGGAGAGGCUGGGCAUCAAGUGCGUCAAGGUUGCUGGGAAGGCGGUUGGCGGCGGUGCGGGCCAGAAGGGCGCGGUGAAGUACGAUGAGGCAGCGUUGGGAGAGGUCUUGGAGGCUAUCAUUGAUUCCUGACGAGAUUCUGCGGUGUUAGUGACGGAUCUACACAGGAUGGGCCCUUAUUUAUCGUGGGAACUGGGCAGAUGACCGUGGAAUAGAGGCCGUAAUUGAAGCUUAAUGUAAAUCUGUCGAUUAUGAUGAGGACAUAGCUAUUUCUCCAAAGCAGCUUAGAAUAAUUAAUGGCGG